CGAAAGGCAUGGCGUCGAGGCCGAUCUGUCGAUCAAACGUUUCGUACGGUUUCGUUUUAAAAUAAAAAUGUACAAGACUUGAUUGAUUCUUUACAGAGUUUUCGUAAAACCAACGUUCGAUCGAUGGAGAAUAGCUUCGAUUUAUAUGACGCGAUUUAAUACGCAAAACAAUUUAAGAAACGAGCAAUAUCUUAUCGCCAAUAGGUUUUUCUUAUCGUCCCUUCGAUCAAUGCUCGAGAAAUCAAAAUCAAACAUAAUAUGGCCGAUCCGACAAUACAAACGUUCUGUUGUCAUCAUUCUAACAGAACGGAUAUGGCAAUCGUGAUAAUGCAAGAAUUUAACACGGACGCAUACAACUCGGUGUGCAUGCUCUCUUCUGCUAUAGGCAUCCUAGGUGCAGUUUAUCAAAUACUACCAAGGGAAACGUCUAGUCUUCCUCACCGAUGGCAAAGCUUUUCUUCUUCUAGAGGGAGGGAGAUCAUUAUGUGGCUCGCAACUGCUGACCUCUUGGCAUCCCUAGGUGUAUUUAUUAGAUCUGCUCUCUGGAUGAAUUUCAAGUCUAUAAUGCCAAUGGAAGACGAUACUUCCAGUGUUGUCUUCUGUGCUCUUUCAUCGGCCUGGACACAAUACUUUUACAUGGCAACAUGGAUCUGGACACUGUGCUAUGCAAUAGACAUGAAACUCCUCCUUGGUGAUCGAUCUGGACAUCCUACAUGCUACCAUGCCUUUGCAUGGAUAUGUCCAGCAAUUCUGACCACAUUUGGUUUGGCAAUCUUGUACAUACCAAAUGCAAACUGCCACAAUUUAACAUCUCUGUCCACUGCCAUAUUACGUAUUCUGCCAAACUAUUGUGCUACUUAUGUACUAUUAACAGUGGUAAUGAUAGUAAAUCCCGUAUUAUACUUCGCUUCAACGCGUGACCUUCAAACAGCCGUUAGUUGUAGUUUGGCGCAAAUAACGGGCAGAGAAAGGAAACUGGUGCAGACCAUAAAACUGAAAUUCGCGUUGACUAACGUUGUAUAUUACUUGUGUUGGUUACCGAAUUUAAUCAACGGAAUAUUACUAUGGACUUUAUGGUUCCAAUUACCGAUUAAAGCUAUCAUCACCCUAUGGUAUAUAAUGGCUGUUACAAAUCCUCUGCAAGCGUUCUUUAAUGCAUUGGUAUACAAACGAUGGGGCAAAACGGAAAAAUUUCGACUCGAAUGUUGCCAAAUGUUGGGGAGUUUUAACAUAAGUCAAAUCGGAAAAGGAAACACGGGUGUGCGAUUAACCGAAUCGUCGCCACUGUUAAAUCCAAAAUAUGGCUGCCCGCCGCAUACGAGCAUAAACGGAUCUUCGUCGUUUUAAAGUUAUAAAUUUAUUAACGCGUCAGCCUUUUACUGCCUUACGAAGUUCUUAAAGGAAGUUUAUAUUUUUAUAACCCGCUCAAUCGUUCGUUGCAAUAUGAACACGUUUGACAAGAAUAACGCUAGACAUUAAUAUUUACUUAUAAGCAUUGCAUGUAUAUAUACAUAUAUGCAUCGAAUUGAUUUUUUAACGCUUUACGAAUGUAUCUGAACGU